UCAGAAACAAUCAAAAAAGACCCUUAUGCCCCGCAAAGGAGGAGCUCCGGCUUCACUGCCCAAGGACGCACCUUGGAGGGCCUCAAACGCCAGACCCCUCCCCAGAAUCCACCAUUCCCCUAUUCUUCGUGUCCCUCAAAACCCCACCACCAAUUACGCAGUCCACGUCAUGAAGCUCCCCAAUCCCGUUGGAACUGGUUUGGCCAAUGACGCCAUUGUUGAAGCCGCCGGACCCGAUUGCGUUGUCCCGGGUCAAGUCACACCCGUCAAGUCACUUGGUCUCAAGGUUUGGCCUAUUGAAGUUGACCUACAAUUUUUGGAACCCAUCGGACGUGAGCUUAAGUCGAUUGGAAAGUUCAUGGAUGAUGCAGUCAAUCUCAUGAAUAAAUCAUUCAUAGAUCGCUAGUAUGGUUUCCUGUUUUCAAGAGAAAGUUCUGGUGAGCGGAAGUGUGAUUAGGAAGUUGCACAUACAAUUGCAUGUCCUUCGGUGUUGUCUUCUUGCUUGUGCUCUAGUCAAAGCAUCAGAAGCUGAAGUGAUCUUAUGUUGUAUUUUUGCUUGAGAGUUCUCUUUCAGAACUGAACGGAUGUGUAGAUGUGACGUGAACACUUAUAUUUACUGAAUUUUAUUAAAAUGAGGUUCCAGA